AAAAAAAAUGUCUGAUGCUAAAGAAAUAAAGUUUUCUUUAAAAGUUAUGAUAAACAAAAAGAAAAACAAAGUUCUAUUUGCAGAAGCUGACAGCGAUUUCAUCGAUGUCUUGAUUAGCUUCUUGACACUGCCAUUGGGUACUAUUGUAAGAGUUCUGAAGAAGCACUAUGAAGAUGAACUGCAUGGGGCACCUUUCAAUAUUGGAAGCUUAACAACCUUAUACAAUGGCUUGUCGAAUCUCGAUAAUGUCCAUUUCUGGACAGAGGGUUGUAAGGAUGUGCUUCUGAAUCCGAAAAGCUCAUUCGAAGCUGAAUGUCUUAAACUAAAACUUGAUAUUAGCGAAACUCAGCCCAUCGGAUACUUUAUUUGCAAAAACAACGCUUGUAAAGCAUAUCAGGCUCGCAGAUUCCCGUGUUUAAGUAUUUACUAUGAUACUGUUACAUGCUGUUGUGGAGUAAAAAUGAAAAGAGAAUUAGGUCAAAAGGAGUCUCAAGCUAAUGAGGAUGCUGGUGGAGUUUUUACCAAUAACGCAGUGCCUUUUAUAAUCUCCGACGAUCUUCGAAUACUUCCUAAUAUGAAGGGUUACGUGCAAACUCUGAGAGAUCUCGACGUUACAUACACUAACGGUGCGGAGCUAAGGAAUGUUAGUUUUGGAUUCAAUGAGGUUAGUAUCUUGGAUUAA